CAGCCGUUGUGUGCUGGCCAAGCUGGGCCUUCGGCUGGGCGGCAGAGGUGUCGGCGCAAGUGUGGGCGCUGGGCAGCAGGUAGGCAGUGUGAUCCGUCGUUGACUGCACUCGUAGCAGUGCGAGCCUCUUCCAUGUGCGUCUAAGGUUGUGGACAUUGCUCUCCGUGCGUGCGAGGAAAUUUAUGCACGGGACACCGCGGGAAGACCCCGAAAAAGUGAUCGUGCCAAUCACGGCGCCGGCAGGCUGCAGCGCGCUGCCACAAUGACGGAAUAUAAACUAGUUGUCGUCGGUGCGGGUGGUGUGGGAAAGAGUGCCUUGACAAUCCAGCUCAUACAGAACCACUUUGUGGAUGAAUACGACCCAACAAUAGAGGACUCCUACAGGAAGCAGGUGGUGAUUGAUGGAGAAACAUGCCUGUUGGACAUACUCGACACUGCAGGUCAAGAGGAGUACAGUGCCAUGAGGGACCAGUACAUGCGGACAGGCGAGGGCUUCCUGCUGGUCUUCGCAGUUAACAAUGGCAAGUCAUUCGAGGACAUCAGCAUGUACAGGGAGCAGAUCAAGAGGGUUAAAGAUGCUGAUGAUGUGCCCAUGGUCUUGGUGGGCAACAAGUGCGACCUGCCGACACGUGCAGUUGACAUGAAGCAAGCAGGGGAGGUUGCACGCAACUAUGCUAUUCCAUUCAUCGAAACAAGUGCCAAGACCAGAAUGGGAGUUGACGAUGCCUUCUACACGCUUGUUCGUGAAAUUCGCAAAGAUCGCGAGUGGAAAGGCAAAGACAAGAAGAGGCAUCGCAAGGAGGGUCGCAAGAAGCGCUGCUUUAUCUUAUAGGACAGGUGGGUACAUAGCUACCGAAGACAUCGUCGGGACCGUUGUUGCCAAGCCAGCAGGAGAUGAUGGCUUGUUGCAGGAUGCAAAACUGUUAUUAAUGUGCAAGGGAUGCCUUUGGAUAGCCAGCUUGCAGCAGUCUGGCCACGAUGUGUGCUCUGCCGUGUAUAUCACGGUGACCUUGUUCUAAUUAUGUGUUGUCCACUUUAUUGGCGGCCUAGUAAUUUGAAUGUCUUAUUCACCACGUUCAGUUGUAUGUUGCCUACCUCUUGUUAUUAUACCCUUCCCAUGUGUCCACCUUUGCAGCUGUGUUUUUUUUGGGGUCUUUAUCCUAUCGUCUGCCAGAGUACUUCUUUGUGGUGGGUAUCUUAUGCAUCCAGGUUGGUUGCACACUGUUUGACGGGAGAAGGGGAGGGCUGAUGUGAUUGGCCUUCGUGAUGGAAAGCAUUUCUCCUAGUGCUUCCCAGGUGAUGCCAGGUGACCAACUUUCAGAGAGCGUGCGCUCUGGCCCAUGUAACCGUGACUGUCUCGUUUCGAUUCGUUUUGUACUUUCCGUAGCAUUUGUCAAAUACUGUAGCCAUUUGUUUGUUUCUAUUACAUUUCCUGCCAAGGUGUUAAGCUAUAGCUCUUGUAGAGCUGGUAAUUCUUGGUGCAAAGCAGUUCCUUGUGUAGCUUUCUCCUUGAUUCUUAGCCUACAUGUUCACUGCAGUAUCUUCUCAUGCAUGCCUUUUGGCAUAUAAAAGAAAGUGAUGCAUUAUAAUUGCAUGAUGGUUGCCAAAGUUGGUAAUAUGACAAACCGAAGCUUGUGGGGGUAGUGAUGCCAACAACUUUCCCCACUCAGUUUGUAUGCAAGUGUCACAAAGCUUUCGAUUUGCUGCCCCCUUCUCUUCAUUGCUCUUGUGAGUCAGUGGCACGGUAGGUAUGGUUUCAUGACAUUUAAACGUGGCUGUGACCAGUCAUUGUUUCAUGCCAUUGCAUUCGAGUCAUUCAGCACAAGCCUCACUUGUAUAAACUGUUUUUUAACACUAUGCUGUCCAUUUGUGUUUCUGUAACAUUGUUGCUGCACUCAAAUUCGUUAGCCAAUCCUCAUGAUUGUCGAUAGACUUGACAAAUAUUACAAACACAGAAGGUGAUGUCACCUUGCAGAAGAAAUUUCAUACUUAUUAUAAUGUAAAUGCCACAUUUGAAUUAAGUCAGUCCCUUUUAUUCCUUGGUUUUGCAGUGGUUAUUAGAUACGUAGCUCUAUAGCUUAUUCUCACACACACAUGCGGACAACUGAUAGCAUUAUUAGACAUGUAGUGUUGCCAGAUGUAAAGAUCAGUAAGCAGGGAUUGUAUGCUUGAACCAACAUUUUGACCAUCCUCUUGAAGGCUGUAACCGGAAGGUUCUGGCCUUGAAGACAAGUUCACUUGUGAAAUUGUCUGCUCUGGCACACAAAACUCAGAUUUUUUUCAUUGCAAGCUUGUAUCUUCCUGUUCCUGCUGCCGUUUUCUGGAUCUAGCUUUGUCAUUAGUUCGUGUGUUCUUCAGUGCUGCCAAAGACUCCAUAGAAUGCCCAAGAGCUAGAAUUGCUUACUGCACAUAAUAUUUUUCCAGCUUUCUUGUUUUCAGCGGAGGUCAGCUGCCCAGCUGUGCACUAUCCCCAGCUGCUUUGGGCCACAUUGAAAUAGGAAUGGAACGCAAUAAUGCCAUGCACAAUAAAACCAAGUUGAAGAGCUGCAAA